AUGUACCCAUCUGAACACAAUGUCCACAACAAUCCCACAAACGGCCACCAUCCCCAGCGUUCUCAACCACAGCACCACAAGGACCCAGUCACCGUCGUCGGCAUUCCCUCCGUCUCCAUCCAGAAUAAUCGUCUCGAGGUCGGCUCCUCGCAGAGCAGUUCGACACGAUCUUACACACCCCUCAAGGUACUGGGAGAUGGUUCUUUCGGAACCGUCUGGUUGUGCGAUUGGCAUGGGACCCUACCCCCCAAUACCCCUCUCUCUCCCAUGCAAUGUGGUCGGGGCGCGCGCCCGGAGUGGGCUGGGAAGCGACUAGUAGCCGUCAAAAGGAUGAAGAAGCAAUGGGAAGGCGGGUGGGACGAGUGCCAGAAACUCAAAGAACUCGAGUCGUUGCGCGCAAUCCCCUUUCACCCCAACAUCAUUCCUCUAUAUGACUUCUUCCUGCUGCCGACGUCCAAGGAGCUCUACUUUGUCUUCGAAUCUAUGGAAGGCAAUCUUUACCACCUUAUCAAAGCCCGCAAAGGUAAGGCCCUUGCUGGCGGCCUCGUUUCAUCCAUUUUUCGGCAAAUUGUCAGUGGACUCGAUCACAUUCAUACAUGGGGCUAUUUUCAUCGAGACAUGAAGCCAGAAAACGUUCUCGUCACCACCAUCGGCCUCCAUGAUUAUGUCUCUGUCUCUCCUAUCGCUCCCCCCAAUGGCCCACCAGAAAAAGAUGUCGUCGCAAUCAUCAAACUCGCUGAUUUCGGCUUGGCAAGGGAAACGAAGAGCAAGCCCCCGUACACCGAAUAUGUAUCGACGAGAUGGUACCGUGCUCCAGAGGUGCUUCUCCUCAGCCGAGACUAUUCAAAUCCGGUCGACAUAUGGGCCUUGGGGACUAUAAUGGCAGAGCUUGUCAACUUGAGACCGCUGUUUCCCGGCUCCGGGCAGGUUGAUCAGGUAGCACGCAUUUGCGAGAUUUUGGGCGACCCGAGUGAGGAUUACGGUCUUGACUCGCAUGGUUUCCCCCUUGGGGGCGGGAAGUGGGCUAGAGGUGUCAAGCUUGCAAGAGCCGUUGGCUUUGCUUUCCCGAAGAUUCAUCCCAAGGACUUCUUUUCGCUAUUUGAUCGUAGUGUGCCGAGCUCGCUUGUUCAACUUAUUGGACAACUUCUCAAGUAUGACCCUGAUAAGCGGUUGACAGCACGGCAAUGUCUGGAGCAUCCAUACCUAUUGGAGACCACGCCUCGCAAUCACAUACCCUUGCCGAGUGGUCUCCAACUUUCAAUACCGUCCUCCACCAAGUCUCCGCGGACGGGACCGUUGUCCCCAACUUUGGCGUCACAGUCUCCGCGCUCCUUACCGCCGUCCCACUCUCAUCAUUCGAUCCAAGAUGAACAGCGCAAUGGCUCACAUCCAAAUUGGCCCGCUCCAGAUCAACCUCCUCAGAAUGGCGAUUAUCCGAUGCUUAUCUCACCGCAAGGCGAGAAGCAGGAAUCGUUCCCCACCAAUGGGCAUUUCAUGGAGGCUGUCGAACAAUCUCAUGGGGAUGUUCAUCAGCAGGGAAGCAAACCAAGAUUCGGAUUCCGAAGAUGGUUUGGUGGCGACAAAGCGCAGCAGAAUGGAUUGCCUCCGGUCGAAGAGGUCCCACCUAAUCCGAAUGGUCUUAAACGUGCCAACCCUCCAGAUAUCAUCGCCGCUCCAGAUUCUCCUGUUGUCGAUCCUCCGCUGCCUCCAGGCGAUCUCAAGAAAGCCAACAAGAAGGAAGCGCAGAAGGUUCAACGAGAGGCAGAGAAACAACGACGCGCGCUUAUGGAGAAGACCCAACGAGACCAAGCACGAGCUGUAAUGAUGAAGCGAAACCAGCUUCUGCAGAAAACUACCGGCAACGAUCUCGAAUGGCUAAGUCACGGGAACGAGGCGCGUAUAGCUUUCAAUGACCCUCUAAACAAGGGUAAGGAGCCUGUAUCGGGACGGGUACGUCAGCCCAGCAAUUCAUCUGGACAUCUCGGGGCAUCUUCGACCAUUGGUGCGGCUUCGGGGAUGUUUGCGCAGCCAUCAGAAAAAGGGACGAAGAGCAAUGAAUGGCGGAGAGACGAUGAACGAGCUACGAAAGUGCGACGCCAGGAGUUCGAUGAUGGGAUGUCAACGAUGUCCUCGUCUGAUGUCCACAGCAUCGGUCGAAUGUCUUCGAUAUCCUUCGCAACCGUCGACAGUGAUCCUGGACCGAAUCGAAUACGAAAUCGCCCGAGUAUAUUUGGCCUUAAUCGUAUGACUUCGACGUCUUCGUUGCGAACAUCCUUCGACGACUUCCCAGCCUCUGCUCGUAGCUCGAACUCGCUGUCAUUAGAAGGCCAACUGGCCAACGACUUCCGUGUGCAAGCAUCUGUUGACCCGGUAACACCUCUAUCCGGCAGUGUCUCCCCACCUCCAAUACAUAUGCUCUCGCUUUCUCCUACGCUUUCUCCACAAAUACCCUCAUCUCCGCCUUGGAUACACGUCCAGCAUCCGCAGGAUUAUUCGAAUCAGAGAGAUCAUCAAUAUGUCUCCAUACCACCACCUUCCCUUUCGCACCUUAAUCCUUCUGGCCGACAUAGUCCCUACGACUAUUCGGGGCAUGGUCAUAGCCACCCGCCAAGUCCGGGGUAUGACCCAAAGUCGGCCAUAAAUCCUAUAUUUAAAGUACCUCCACUACCAGCAUCACCACACGGAGAUGGCCUAGAGCCUGCCCCCACUCUACCUCCCUUCAGCCACCUGGAAGCUGUCGCAGAGGGUGAAUAUCCACCCCUUUCGCCAAUGGCCUUUCAUACGCCUGAAGAUGUAUGA